UCCAUCUGAUAUGUACUCCUCUGUCCUCUCGAUAACCCUAGCCGCAGCUGAUCUCCCCUCCCUCCACUCCGCUGGACAGGGCCGGCGACGAGCUGGACAGGGGGCGGCUGCAGGCGCUCGUGCACGUCGAAGAACCGGCGGCCGCUCCUGCAUCAAUGGCGCAGCGAGGAAUCAGAGGAGAUAUGGGAGAGAGGGAGGAGAUGGGAGGAAACUGGGGAAGGGCUCGUCGACGCGGCGGCGCUUGCCGGAGCUUGUCUGGCGGCGGGGUCACACGCGCGUGGCGCCCUCCCUGGCGGCGCAAACAGGAAGGAGGAGGCGCACUAGAGGCGUAGUGGCUGCAACCAGAUGGGCUUCGGAGGGCCGAGAUCAUGUUGCAGCGGGCCCUGGCACUGCUGGUGGGUCGGGGGAGCUGACCUCGAUCCCAAUCUCAACUACUACACCAGAGAAGUUGGGGACGGUCAUCAGCCUGCCACGGCAAGACAGACGCGACCUUGGCUCGGCCAUGUCUGCCUCUCUGAACUGAAUGUUAUGCCUCUACUACUUGAGGAGGGUAAUAGCUGUGAGAUGUACCUGACCAUGACGCCUCGGUCACGUCCUCCUCCCUGAAAGGAAUACUAUGUCUGAAAUAUCCAAAAAAGCUUAUAUUGAUAUUAUUGAAAUUGCU